AUGCCUUCCAAAACCCAGAAGUCGCUUGGAACCCUCAUGGCCUAUAUCAAGCAGUCGAAAAGUCGCCGCACUAUGAUUUUGCGUGGGGUAGGUGAAGCGGGUCACCGAGGCGCCCCGGCGCGUGGGGGAAAUCACGAUGCAAAAAUCGGAAGCCGCAUCGAUCUUGGAGAAAUUAUCAAGAAAGGUGGCAAGGAAUUUCGACGGUACAAGUUCCAGCUCAAUUUGAAUGCGGAAGACUCCACGCUCAAGAAAAAGGCAGCCCAAGAUCCCCACAAGGUUUACUCGAAUGCAGAUGUGGAGAUGAAAGCAGAUAGGACCGAGGAGGAAGAACAGCAGGCGAUGCGGGACUUUGAGGAAGAAAUGCUGAAAAACUUAAAAGAAUAG